UGACUACGAGGCAAAGUGGGGGGGUAGACAGACACACACACGGGGCCUAGUCGCCACAUCUUUUCGUGCGGAGAAGCGGUACUGCUAAGCCAUCCGUUUUUGGUAUUCCGAAACGACUCCGGCCCGGGCCUCCGUCCGCGGUCUAGAGUUUGAUAGCGGGCUGUUUGAGACGGAAGCACGUCGGUGUGCAGCUGCCAGCCCCUGUGCCCAAGCCACCAUCAUGGGAGACAGUAGAGAUUCCCGCAGCCCGGACAGUUCGUCUGUGUCCUCCCCUCCAUCAGGCCAACGCUCACCCCCACUAGUUCCCUCAGCUGCAGCUUCCAUGACCUCCCUUCCUCCCAUCACCACCAGUGGCGUCAACAGCCCCAUCAGUAGCAUUGGUUCCCCCUUUUCUGUCAUCAGCUCUUCACUGGGUUCACCCUGCCUACCUGGCACGCCUUCGGUGGGCUAUGGCCCCAUUAGCAGCCCACAGAUCAACUCGACAGUGUCCAUGUCAGGGCUCCAUGCAGUGAGUAGCUCUGAUGAUGUGAAACCUCCACUGGGCUUAAAGCAGCUGUCAUCCCACAACCCAGGGCCGAUGCUUUCCCAGAAACGCCUUUGUUCCAUCUGUGGAGACAGAUCCUCUGGUAAGCACUACGGCGUAUACAGCUGUGAGGGCUGCAAAGGCUUCUUCAAGCGGACAGUGCGCAAAGACCUGACUUAUACCUGUCGGGACAAUAAAGACUGUAUGGUGGAUAAGAGACAGAGGAACCGCUGCCAGUACUGCCGCUACCAGAAAUGCCUGGCAAUGGGCAUGAAGAGAGAAGUGGCCAAGAUGAACGACAGAUCUGUCCAGGAGGAGCGGCAAAGAAACAAGGAUCGAGAAGGCGAGGUGGAGUCGAGUAGUGCAGUGAACGAGGAGAUGCCGGUGGAGAAGAUUUUGGAGGCGGAGAUGGCUGUAGAGCAGAAGACGGAGCUUCAUGCAGAUGGAAGUUCAGGCGGCAGUUCCCCCAACGAUCCUGUCACCAACAUCUGUCAGGCAGCUGACAAGCAGCUCUUCACCCUGGUGGAGUGGGCCAAGAGGAUCCCUCACUUCUCUGAGCUGCCCCUGGACGACCAGGUCAUCCUGCUUCGAGCAGGCUGGAACGAACUCCUGAUUGCCUCGUUCUCCCAUCGCUCCAUCUCGGUGAAGGACGGGAUUUUGCUGGCCACCGGCCUGCAUGUCCACAGGAACAGUGCUCACAGUGCAGGUGUUGGAGCCAUCUUUGACAGGGCGCACAGUGCUGAGGUUGGCGCCAUAUUUGACAGGGUUUUGACAGAGCUUGUAAGCAAGAUGAGAGACAUGCAAAUGGACAAGACAGAACUAGGAUGCCUUCGAGCCAUCAUCCUCUUCAACCCAGAUGCCAAGGGUUUGUCCAACCCCAGUGAGGUGGAGCUCCUGAGAGAGAGGGUGUAUGCAUCUCUCGAGGCUUACUGCAAACAGAAGUACCCCGAUCAGCAGGGCAGGUUUGCAAAGCUGCUCCUCCGGCUCCCAGCACUGCGCUCCAUUGGUCUGAAGUGCCUGGAGCACCUGUUUUUCUUUAAACUGAUUGGCGACACGCCCAUUGACACCUUCCUGAUGGAGAUGCUUGAGGCACCACACCAGCUCACCUAGAUGAGCCAGGUUCGGUCCGGUCAGGAUCUGAUGCACACCAGGAUUACCGGCACGCCGCCCUGUGUUGGCUCACUGGCUCUUUUCGUUGGGCCUCACUUAACUGCAGCACCUGCUGGUUUUAAUAUACCAGCUCUCACACUUAAAUACACACACACACACACACAUAUUCUGUCACCGGCUAAUUACCUUCACACAUGCAGGUCUUACCUUGAAAACAUGAACGGACAUACAACACAAGUAAUUCACAGAAAAUAUGACUCUGAAUGAACGUUAUGCUAACACACAAACACACAGUAACACAUACACACACGUUCACCAUCUUUUCCCAUACUCAGUUUUCCACUGGGGUUAUGACUCAAGGAAUAUAUUCACUUUUUUAUCACACAUGUACAGUGCAUAUCUUACUUUCAAGUUAGCAAGUUAGCCUUCAGUUCAUCUCACAGUGGGUUUGUGCUUCUGCAUAACUGGUAUACUUUCGCUGUUUUUACUUGGGUUACUUAGUUACACUGCUAGGCUGCACCUCUGUAUAUUCUGUCCAUCACUAGCCAUUUAUGGUUUUAGCUUAAAAUCAGAUGCGUAGCAUUUCAAUCAGCUAGUCACCAUCAAACAAGUUCACUUCUUAUUGGUCAGGAAGUGUGAUGUAAUGGGCCGGUGGACACACCUUCCCAGGGAGCUCAUCCAGUCUCAUAAAUGUUGAAAUAUUUUAUGAAUAUUUUUUGAAUAUUCAUGCUGAAACUUGUCUGAGUUUCUGUUUUGAAGUACUGUACUCAUGAAAUGAGAGCUUUUUCCAAGGCAUUGAAAUCCAGGAAAAUGAGGCUGGGAGCACUUUGUUGAACAAACUUUGUCCCUCCCACCCUGAUGCGCACAGUGGGCUUUGUAAGACAAGAA